UCAAGAGCAAAACGUACAAUGGGUGAUUCUCUUGAAAUAGACAUUGACUCUGUAAUUGACAGACUGCUGGAAGGGUGUCGACCUGGAAAACAAGUGCAGCUUGCAGAGUUCGAAAUUAAAUACCUUUGUACAAAAGCGAGAGAAAUUUUUAUCUCUCAGCCUAUACUUCUCGAACUUGAAGCCCCAAUAAAAAUUUGUGGUGAGAUUCAAUUAAAUUUUAUUAAUAUCCAAAUCUUUGCAUUUGUUACUGAUAUCAUUCCAAAGCAAAAAUACCAAAUGCAGCAUAAUACGGUAUACUAG